GGCCGGGGCCGAGAGAGCUCGUGGGAGCGACUCGGCAUGCGGCAGCCGUGGGGUUGCAGAUGCUCUGUACGGGUUUGUUUGUGCUGCAGUGGUUCUGCGGUGAGACGAGCGGCGAGGAGGACGCCGAAGUACUGACGGCCCAGAAGUUCCGGGCUGACCUGGCCUACAGGGAACGGGAGUUUGAGAAAGCUCUGUGUGAAUACUCAAACUGCUUGCAGCACUUGCCUCCCGGUAACAUUGCCAUGAGGCGGGACGUCCAGGAGGGCCAGGCUCGCUGUUUGUCUCAACUAGGAAGGCACAAGGAAGCUCUGGAUAUUGCAGAAAGAAUGAGAAACGGUGCCACAAACACGGAUCACUUAACGACUGUUCUCAACCUGCAGUUUGCCAUUUAUCGGGAUCUGGAAAACGUAGAAAAAAAGAUCGUGUGUCUGCAGCAGCUGAUCUGCUUACAUCCCUUCAACCCUUGGUACUGGAUGUCACUUGCUGAAGCUUAUAUGGACCUUUUGCAGGGCUUGUCUCCAUUAUGCAUUCCAGAAACAAACCUACAUUGGUCCAGAGAGGUUAGUGAUGGUAGUUUCGGAAUAUCAGCUGGAGGAGAGAUUAAUCUCCAGCCUCACAGAUCGGACUGCCAGAGCGAAGGCCCUCCGUCCUGCCCAGCUGCAGAAACAAAGAGCGAGAGCUCAGCGACCUGCAGCAGCAGCCAGGCUGUAACAGAAAUGCUCUGCACUUCAGACAACACUGGAAGGAAGGCUGAAGGGAAACAGGCAGCCUGCGAGUCCUGGGAGCCGGACUUGGCAAAGCAUGUUGGCGUAAAGGCGUGUGCCUCAUUUGUUAGAGCAAGGCUUUUACUUCAGCUUACUCAACUGCAACAGUCAUCCUUUGCUCUCGAAAAUAACAUAAAAUGUCAGAAAGAAAUUGAUGACAAAGUGGCACAGUUUGGUUUAAAUGAAAACUCCCUGCUGCAGGUGACCAAGGUGAUGGGAGCAGAUCUUAUCCCAGAAAAACUAAAGGAGGAAUUUCAGGGCGAGGUAAAAUGCAUAGGCUCUUCAGCACUGUCAUCAUUGGUAACCACAUCGGCCUCGGAGUUUGAAAUCAAAUGGUUCGAUAUUCUGCAAGAUGAUUUAUGCCACUUGGACAGGCAGUUCUCUUCAGAGACACACACCCCACCUCUGGCAACGUAGGGCUGUUGUAUUUAUUGUCAUGGCUUCAGAAGAUUAUGGAAUGAUGCAUGCAAAACGUUCGUGUUGUAUUUUUUACAUUUUCUUAUAGUAUGUAUUUCAAGAAAGUAAAUCUCUGCAUUUGAA